AUGUAUCACGGUGUAAUAUUUUUGCUAAUGUUUUCUACAUGCCAGAUCCUCAGAUCUCACAGCCGGGACUGUGUAAGCAGACGGGAACUACAGGUCACUCUACGACAUGUCCAUAAAGUGCUCAUAGCACACGAGACCUCGUUUUUGCAGAGUGUACGAAGCUUCCACGAAAAACUCGGCAUGCUAAAAAACAGCACAUUCAAACACAGCAGCAGCAUCAGCACGGCCAAGAACAGCACCGCAGUAUGUCCACCUCCAAAACCACUGGCCAAUGGCAGGAUGCUGGGCAGGAUGUUCAGAGUGGGACAUGAAGUGCACUUUCUGUGUAGUCCUGGUUUCCAGCUGUCAGGGCCGGAGACUAGAGAGUGUUUGGAUUCCCUUAUGUGGAGUGGAGAGCAGCCAACCUGCAAAACUACAGAGGCUGGAAAAAAGAAUGCUACAUUCUUUUCCUCGUUAAUCUCGGGGUACGUGCAGCCUUCCCGCUGCAUCGAGCUUCAGGGCUCGUUACACUGCACCUGUCAGCAGGGCUACAGCAUCUACAGCCAAGAUAGAGGCCUGUGCACAGUCCACUAUGAAUGCUCACACGAGUUGAACAUGCGCUGUGAACGUAACCCAUGUGUCCAGGGAAACAAAGCUUGUCUUCAGGCCCCCCUCUCUGUGAAUUUUCACUAUAUGUCAGUGGUGUCUAACAUGAGCACUCCACAAGUCCUGUUCCGGGUCUCAACAGCCCGAGUGCUGGGAGAUACCCUGCGCUUUGGCCUGCUGGGAAAUCAAGGAGCUGGGCAUUUUACCAUGCAGCGUGUAGACAGACAGAGUGAGGAGCUGCUGCUGGUGGAGCCGGUACAAGGGCCUGCCAUGCUGGAGGCUGACGUGGAGAUGAGCGAGCUGGAAAAGAGAACACUGCUGGAACGAUAUGUUACAAAAGUUACACUCUGUCUCUUCAUACAACUUCUAAAGUGGAAUAAGGCUAGGCUACCCAAACAGAAUUGUGUAAUCACAUUAAUGACCACAUAUGUUUACAGGUAG